UAAUGUGGUAUUCUUGAUUGCUACCUUCUUUAUUGCUUCACCAGGCUCUAUUUAAUCAGGAAAUGGAGAAAAUUAAGCUAAUUUUUGCGGAUGCCUACAAGUGGUUGGCUGCUAUCCCAACCUCUCAAUGGUAUAGGCAUGCUUUCUCUACUAAAUGCAAAUCAGGUAUGCAAUUGAACAACUGUUGUGAGAGUUUCAAUAACGUCAUUAGAGAAGCUAGGGUGAAACCUGUAUUAUCAUUGAUGGAGUGGAUUAGGAGGUGGGUGAUGAAAAGGAGUUAUCAGAAAACGGAUGGUUUGAAGAAGUAUGAAGGUUUAAUCAUGCCUUCAGUUGUCAAAAUGAUUGCAAAACAAAAGGAGUAUGUGAGGAAAUGUGAUGUUAACCAGGCUGAUGUUUGGGAAUUUGAGGUUGACUAUGAGAACGAGACUUAUGCGGUUAAUUUGUUGGAAAAGAAAUGUGGAUGUUAUAGGUGGGAACUACUUGGAAUCCCCUGCUGCCAUGCUUUGGCUUGCAUAGAGAAGAAAAGGUUGAACUAUGAGGAUUAUGUUCAUGUGGCAUAUCAUGUCCAGUCAUAUGCAGCUACAUAUGCUCCAGCUUUUCAUCCAAUGCCAGGACAAAGUCAAUGGGAGAAGACAGACCUUGUAGAACCUAUGCCUCCCACCAUUAGGGUUAUGCCCGAUAGACCAAAGCAAAAGAAAAGAAUUAAGGAACCAGAGGAAGGGAAAGUAGCCAGAGAGAAGAAGCAAAACAAGUGUUCAAAUUGUGGUGGUCUUGGCCACAACAAGAAAAAGUGCAAAAAAACACCACAACCAACUGCUCCAAAGUCUAAAGGAGGAAAGCCAAAGUCAAUAGAUCCAGUGGUGCAAAAUAUAGAGAAGAAGAAGAAAAGAAAGAGGAAGGGCACUGGUGAUCAAGUUCAAACAAGCACCCUGCAACCCCCACAACCAAGUCAACCAUCUCAAUCCAUCUGCAUUUCAACAGUGGUGCUUGAUUUUGCUAGUCAAACAUAAUUUAGC